CACCACGUUCACAUCAGACCCAUAUUCCGACCCAAACGUUCCUUAUGCAAAUUUUCCUGUAAAUCCUCUUUAUAAAGGAGACGUUCAAAAAUUAAAACAAGCAAAUAUAAUUAGAAAUUUAAACAUUACUUUGAGCAUAGCGAGUAUUAUCGGUGGAUUUAUAGUAUUAAACAUUUUAUCGGGAGCUGCCGUAAUAGCAUAUACUUUGUAUACUACCGGAGAUACAAACGUAUGCACUUUUAUCGGAUGGGCAAUGUCUUUUCUUCCGACAUUAUAUCUGUUCUUGACAGUGAUGAUAGCAUUUAACCUGCAG